AUGGGAUUCUGUAGCAAAAUUAAUCCCCAAGAUGAUGUUUCUAGUGCUCUGAUAUGUGGAAGAACCCCAGUUACCACCAGCAGCAGGAUAGUAGGAGGUCAGAACUCUUCAGCUGGACGCCGGCCCUGGCAGGCUAGUCUCCUUCGGUUAAGCAGGCACAUCUGUGGAGGUUCUCUCAUCAACAAAGAGUGGGUGCUGUCUGCUGCCCACUGCGUUCAUGGGUAUCCCACCAUUGAUUUCACUGUAGUUUUGGGGCAACAGACCCAGGAAGGCUUCAACCCCAAUCAAAUAUUCAGAUAUGUGAGGUUAAUCAUCAAACAUCCCAAUUACAAUUUUACGAAUGACAACGAUAUCGCUCUUGUCAAAUUGAGGUCACCCAUCACCUUCACGGACUACAUCCGACCUGUGUGUCUAGCAGCUCAUAACAGUGUGUUCAACAGCGGCACAGACAGCUGGGUCACUGGAUGGGGAAACAUUGGUGAAGGGGUACCCCUUCCAUCCUCUAAUAUUCUACAGGAAGUGAAGGUUCCUGUAAUUGGUAACAGACAGUGCAACUGUCUCUAUGGAGUUGGAAAUAUAACAGACAACAUGAUCUGUGCUGGCAAUGACUCAUGUCAGGGGGAUUCAGGAGGUCCGAUGGUGAGCAGACAGAGCUCUGUAUGGGUUCAGUCCGGUAUCGUUAGCUUUGGGACUGGCUGUGCUCGACCUGAACUUCCCGGUGUUUACACCAGAGUAUCACGUUAUCAGGAAUGGAUCAGCUCCUUUGUGUGCAGCGAUCCUCCAGGUUUUGUGCAGUUUACCUCCACUGGAGCUGAUCCUGACUACAGUUACAGCUGUCCUGGUCUUCCUCCUCCUCCUACUACUACUACU